GCGGAAGUUCACCGGAAGUAGCCUGUUAAUGUGUUGUGACGUUACCCUGACAACAAGGUCUGUCAUGAACGUUUUCAAACUUUUUACAACUUACAGGUAACUCAUCAUCCCAAUGAUGUCAUUGUCAAAAAACAAGUUCAAAACGUCUAACGAUUGUAGCAAACCAGCCGAGAACCGGGAGGGGAAAUGUGUCGUGCAUUUCAAAUGUGGCCCCGGCGGUACCAUUCAUGAUGUCUUGAAACAAAGGCCGGGCUGGGUAGAAGUCAAAGAUGAUGGUGAAUGGGACUUCCACUGGUGUGAAGUAGGAUGGCUGAGGGAGAAUUUUGAUCAUUCAUUCAUGGAGGAACAUGUAAGGAUAAACCACUUCCGCAACCGUUACGAGGUUUUUAUGUUUCAGCUGACCCGCAAAGACUCCCUGUUAAAAAACCUAAAAAGAUAUAAAAGGGCUCUAGAAAGGGAGGCCAGCUGCACGAAGGCUUCCAAAUGUGAUUUUUUCCCCUGCAGCUUUGCACUGCCUAAUGAAUACCAUCUCUUUGUGGAGGAGUUCAAGAGAAACCCUGGCAGCACCUGGAUCAUGAAGCCGGCUGCAAAAUCUCAAGGUGCAGGCAUCUUCCUUUUUAGAAAACUGAAAGACAUCAUGGACUGGAGGAAGCAUGACGCCACUCGCUCAGAAGAGCAGAAAGAUGCAGCUCAAGUGGAAAGCUAUGUGGCGCAGCGCUAUAUUGAGAACCCCUACCUGCUUGGUGGCAGGAAGUUCGAUCUGAGGGUCUAUGUGAUGGUCACAUCAUAUUUUCCAUUGAAGGCAUGGCUUUAUCGGGAGGGCUUUGCUCGCCUUUCAAGCACACGUUUCUCUCUGGAUAGUAUUGAUGACAAGUAUGUACAUCUCACUAAUGUGGCUGUUCAAAAAACAGCACCUGACUAUGAUCCUGAAAAGGGAUGUAAAUGGAAGAUCCUGAAACUGCGUAAGUACCUGACUGCAAAGCAUGGGAUACAGGUGGUAGAAACUCUAUUUACAGAGAUGGAUAACAUCUUCAUCAGCAGUCUACAGAGUGUGCAGAAGAUCAUUAUAAAUGACAAACACUGCUUUGAACUCUACGGCUACGACAUUUUGCUGGAUGAGAACCUCAAACCGUGGUUGAUUGAGGUGAACGCCUCUCCGUCGCUCGCACCCAGCAGUCAGGAGGAUUACGACAUGAAGUACAGACUGCUGGAAGAUACUGUAAAUAUUGUGGAUAUGGAGAAAAGGUUGACUGGGAAAGAAAAGAGGGUGGGCGGAUAUGAUCUUAUGUGGAAUGAUGGACCUGUCUACAGAGAGGAUUAUGACUGUGAAAUAUUUAGUUGUUCAUGUUUAAAAGCCAACACAAACUUGGGAUGCAUGAAUGACAGAGAAAACCAUAUUUUUAAACAAUUUCCCGACCAGAAGAUUUGAUGUUGUUCCACAAAAGAACUUAAUAGGGCUGCACAUAGCUUCACUAUUGAGUCGUAUUUGAAGACU